GCAUUGAUCUCCGCCCGGCACUGGAGAACACGUCACGUAAGAUUACUUUGAAAGUUUUUUUCGGAAAGCGUGCGUGAAUUGGUUAAUUCGUGUUUACGAAAAUUGUGUCGUACUCGUUGGAGAGAUCUGAAGAAUAUUCUUAUUACCUAAGAAAAGAUGAGUAACGUACCAACAGUUCUCUGACACGUGCUUUGGUGAGACUUCGUGGAAUCCUUGGAACGUCUUCGUCCGUGAAGAUCAUGAGAGGGAAGAUGAGCGCGACAACGGAGAAAAGUGGAACUUGUUCAGAAACGGAUAACUGUGCGGAAUCGCGUCCUUCGGCCGACGAUAGAUUAGCGCCAUUGCACAAAAAGGUUUGCGAGGAGCAUGGCGACGACUGUCCCAGCGAGAACGAACACGAGUUCGAAUCGUUGGAGUACGAGGAGGAUGUUUAUUAUUCGCAUUUAGCUGCCACCCCGAGUUUUGACGAUAUAGACGAGCUAAGCGACAGCGACGAAAUUGUUGUGCAUUGCUGGAGAGACUCUAAUGGCGAUAUCGAGGAGAUUGUUGUGGACGACGCUAACCUCUCCGUCGAGACGGAAUUCCUUGAACGAUCCGAUACCGAGAAACGGAAGAAAAGAUCGGUCAGGGUCAUCUUUCAGGAUCUGUCUAAACCUUAUCUCGCUAGGAUCAGCAAUAGUCAGAAUUACAAGAAAUUCUUGGAACUUGUCAAAGGAGAGGACGCUUCUCUUCAGACUGACGGCACCCCUUCGCCGUCGACGGACAAAAAUGUGUAUGGCGUACAUGUUCUCUCGGCGGAGGAAGAACGUCAGAAGGCUGAAUGGAUCGCCGAAUUGACCCAGGUCGAGGAGGAAAUUCAGACACUGAGGCACGUGCUGGCGAAUAAGGUCAAGGUGUCCCAGGAACUGAAACGGAAGCUGGGCAUCAGCGUCUGGAAGGAGCUCACCGAUGACGUUAAUCAGGGUCUGCGCAACGUCAAGGAGAGCCAAGUUUAUCAGAACGUCGGCGAGAAACUCGGUCAGUUCACCAAGGCAGUCUCCGAGAACAGUUUUUUCCAGAAAACGGAGACUGCCCUGAAGAGCACCGCCGAGAAGACUACCAGCAUCUUGGGUGGGUUUGGCAGUGGACUUUCCAUGAAGUUAGGACAGAUGCGUAACUCUGAGAGCUUCCGGUCCCUGGAGGAGAGGGUUGGCUCCGCUUAUGAGAACGUCAAGACUAAAGUCGUGCCAUCCAGAUCCAAUUCCACUCAGAGCUUCGACGAAGCUCUAAGGGAAGCUGAAGCGACGAGACGAGCAUCUGCUGCACCUUCUGCUACCAGCCCGACCAUUCCUGAAGACAAGCUGCUUUCUUAGAAUCUGCCUCAAGCCAGCUACAUCUUCGUCCUCAAUGUCCUUCGUAUCCAAUACGUCCAAUACAUCCUGUACGUGUGAUCAAUUGUGAUCCUUGAACCUUGAUCCUUAGAUCACUCUUGUCUCCAUACUCCCUACAAGAAAUUCCUCUGCCCGUUGGGGAUGCAAAUUGAAUUUACACAAUGUCCAAAAAUUCUUGGCAUUGUUCGACAGAAGUUUUCACGUAACGACCGCUGAUAACAGCUCUCGUGAUAAGAUCGAAUGAAUUAUCCACUUACUACGCCUAUUCUUUCUUCUUAUUUCUAAUAAUCGUUCAGGGUGGACAUUUAGUUGUUAAAAAACAUGCAUAACUAAUUUCUAGAUCUUUUCACAGUGUCGGCAUCACUGCUUGGCAUUUUCUUUUUAAGUUGACAUUUUAAAUAUGCACCAUUUAUUUAUUGGAAAACGUUAUCGAUCACACGUCUCAUCGUAUCAGUAUGUUGUACGUUUACCACAGUACGGAUUCUGCAAAUAAUUUUGUCUCGGCCUACCACGUUUCGCACGAACCUCACUUGCCUCUUGGUAACGAAAAGUUGGUCGCAUCUUGCGUUAAAUAAUGAAACUGUCGAAAUAUUGGAAUUUCGCAAGCGGGAGCUCCCCCGUCCUCUGACAAUAUUAAUACUUUGAUCUACAUUCGAGUCUAGAAUUGCGUGUCCAGAAUCGAAGAGAAAGACACGGCUAACGAGAUCACCUAGAAAAACUAUCUAUACGUUUAACGAAGUGAAAAUCUUACUGUGACAUUCGCGAAUAAAUUUACUUACUUAAUCGUUACUCGAAGACUUGGCUCACUGGGGUGAAUCCUCAAGACAGCCUCAUCCGCCCAGGCUGUAAUUCUACGCCGGGAACAACCUCCACGAGGACAUCCACCCCACGUGUCCGUCACGUUGAUCCGAGUCGCUCUAAUAAAACUCGUGUUCUUCUUACGCUUCGGAGACUCGAGGAAUGUUGCGGCCUAAGAACCGGGAUGACCUUAGACCUCCUCGAGAAUCGUCGAAGUUUUACGAUCACCGGUAUUUUCGUCGAUAUCGAUUUAGAGUACGGCUUCCUUGGCGGACCCGAUGAGAAGAUCGGUAAUAGAAAUUUUAUUGCGGCAACCAAACGAAAGAGGAAGGACGUGCAAGAGGAAGAAUGUGAUUUAAUCGUCACUUUGCGGUUCAAAGAAACCCAGUUGAAUGGCUCGCAACGUUUCUCGUAUCCCGUCACUGUCGAGCCUUAAGAUGAAUAUAUUUUAAGCACUGGAGACUAUAUUAUAUAUUGAAUUGUGCGACGAAUACAAGAGCAACGCGAUAUUUUCUAAUUAGCUGUUACGAGUUAUAUUGUACCGCCGGACGCGUAGCGUCCAGCUCGACUUCUAAGCGUGAUGAAUGAAAUUUACGGAUAUAUGGAAACGCAUUAGGAUUUUUGUUUUUUCGGUGGCUGGCGCAUCAGCUCAUCAUUUAUCGGCGUUGUAUGUUUAUAACACUCCGCCACUGUAAACACUUGAAUUUACGCGAAGCCUCGCGCGAGCUAUGAGAAUUUUAUCGAGCCUGAUGUCGAUUGUUGCGGAUAGAUUACUUAAAAGUUAAUUUUUCGAGCGUACUUUCAAUCGUCCACAUUAAUGCCUGUGUAAUCGCUGUAUAAUCGUAUUGAUAUUGGUAAAUAAAUUAUUUCUUCAAGCGCUAUA